CAUAGCGCACCUCGGCCCCGGAGUCCUGAACAGUGCAAUCCGCCCUCCUCGCGGGUCAUCGUCCGGCCUGCUAGGAAGGAAGCGGCUGUCGGGAGGAGAGAGGAGAGCAGGAGCAGCACCGGCGGACGGAAUGGCGGCGCCGCCGAAGGCGUGGAAGGCGGAGUACGCCAAGUCCGGGCGGUCCUCGUGCAAGUCAUGCAGAUCCCCCAUCGCCAAGGACCAGCUCCGCCUCGGCAAGAUGGUCCAGGCCACCCAGUUCGACGGAUUCAUGCCCAUGUGGAACCAUGCUAGUUGCAUCUUCAGUAAGAAGAACCAGAUAAAAUCUGUUGAUGAUGUUGAAGGAAUAGAUGCGCUUAGAUGGGAUGACCAGGAGAGGAUAAGAAACUAUGUUGGAAGUGCCUCAGCUGCUACAAGUUCCACAGCUGCUGUUCCCGAUAAAUGUACUAUUGUGGUUGCUCAAUCUGCUCGUGCUUCAUGCAGACAAUGCAGUGAAAAGAUUACAAAAGGAACGGUUCGUGUUUCAGCUAAGCUUGAGGGUCAAGGUUCCAAGGGUCUACCAUGGUACCAUGUCAACUGUUUCUUCGAGAUAUCCCCAACUGCAACUGUUGAGAAAUUCUCAGGCUGGGAGACUUUGUCUGACGAGGAUAAAGGAAUUGUUCUUGAUCUUGUUAACAAAGAUGUUGGCAAAAAAGAACAAACUAAGGGUUCCAAGCGCAAGAAAGGCGAAAACGAUGUGCAUGACUGCAAAGCACCCAAGUUAAUUGGAAGUAUAUCAGAAGGCACAAUGAGAAACAAGGGAAAACUUGUUGACCCAUGUGAUUCCAAUGCUGUUUCUGCUGAUCUCCAACAAAAGCUUAAAGAGCAAAGUGACACGCUUUGGAAGUUAAAGGACGAGCUUAAAAAGCAUGUAUCAACUGCUGAGCUAAGAGAUAUGCUUGAAGCUAAUGAGCAAGAUUCAUCUGGACCAGAGAGGCAGCUAUUGGAUUGUUGUGCUGAUGGAAUGCUAUUUGGAGCGUUGGGUCCUUGUCCAGUCUGUUCUAACUGCCUGCACUAUUAUAAUGGUCAAUAUCAGUGCAGUGGUGAUGUAUCAGAGUGGUCCAAGUGUACAUACUCUACAACAGAACCUGUACGCAUUAAAAAAAAGUGGCAAAUUCCUGAUGGAACAAAGAAUGAUUAUCUAUUGAAGUGGUUCAAGUCUCAAAAGGUAAAAAAAACUGAGAGAGUUCUUCCCCCAAUCUCACCUGAGAAAUCUGGAAGUAAAGCAACUCAGCGAACCUGGUUACUCUCUUCUGAAGGAUUGGAUAAAUUAAGAUUUUCUAUAGUAGGACAAUCUAAAGAAGUGGUAGAUGAAUGGAUUCAGAAGCUCAAACUUGCUGGUGCCAAUUUCCAAGCCAGGGUUACCAAAGAUAUCAAUUGUUUAGUUUCAUGCGGUGAGCUUGACAAUGAGAAUGCUGAAGUCAGGAAAGCAAGGAGGCUGAAGAUACCGAUUGUGAGGGAAGGUUACAUUGGAGAAUGCGUUAGAAAAAAUAGAAUGCUUCCAUUUGAUUUAUAUAAAGUAGAGAACACCUUAGAGUCCUCAAAAGGUGGCAUUGUCACUGUUAAAGUUAAGGGCCGAAGUGCUGUUCAUGAGUCCUCUGGUUUGCAAGAUACAGCUCAUAUUCUUGAAGAUGGAAAAAGCAUUUACAAUACAACCCUAAACAUGUCUGACCUGGCACGAGGUGUGAACAGCUACUACAUACUACAGGUCAUUGAAGAAGAUGAUGGGUCUGAAUGCUAUGUGUUUCGAAAGUGGGGACGGGUUGGAAGUGAACAAAUUGGAGGCAAAAAGCUGGAGGAGAUGUCAAAAACUGAUGCAAUCCACGAAUUCAAAAGAUUAUUUCUUGAGAAGACUGGAAAUCCAUGGGAAGCUUGGGAACAAAAAACAUAUUUCCAGAAGCAGCCUGGGAGAUUUUAUCCACUUGAUAUUGAUUAUGGUGUUAAGCAAAGACCAAAAGGGAAAGAUAUCGGUGAAAUGAAAAGUUCUCUUGCUCCUCAGUUGCUGGAACUCAUGAAGAUGCUUUUCAACGUGGAGGCAUAUAGAGCUGCUAUGAUGGAAUUCGAAAUUAAUAUGUCGGAAAUGCCUCUUGGGAAGCUAAGCAAGGAAAAUAUUCAGCAAGGAUUCGAAGCAUUAACUGAGAUACAGAAUUUAUUGAAGAACACUGGUGAUCAAGAGCUGGCUGUCAGAGAAAGCUUAAUUAUUGCUUCGAGCAAUCGUUUUUUCACUCUUAUUCCUUCUAUUCAUCCUCAUAUCAUACGGGAUGAGGAUGAUUUGAUGAUGAAAGUGAAAAUGCUUGAAGCUCUGCAGGAUAUUGAAAUUGCUUCCAGACUAGUUGGCUUCGAUAGUGAUAAUGAUGAGUCUCUUGAUGAUAAGUACAUGAAACUUCACUGCAACAUCACCCCGCUGGCUCAUGAUAGUGAAGAUUACAAGCUAGUUGAGAGGUAUCUCCAAAACACACAUGCUCCUACUCACAAGGACUGGUCACUGGAACUAGAGGAUGUCUUUUCACUUGAUCGAGAUGGAGAACUUAAUAAGUAUUCAAGAUAUAAAAAUAAUCUGCAUAACAAGAUGCUAUUAUGGCAUGGUUCAAGGUUGACAAAUUUUGUAGGAAUUCUUAGUCAAGGGCUAAGAAUCGCACCUCCCGAGGCUCCUGUUACAGGCUAUAUGUUUGGCAAAGGCCUCUACUUUGCAGAUUUAGUAAGCAAGAGUGCACAAUAUUGUUAUGUGGAUAGAAAAGAUCCAGUCGGUUUGAUGCUUCUUUCUGAGGUUGCUUUAGGAGACAUGUAUGAACUAAAGAAAGCCACGUCCAUGGACAAACCUCCAAGAGGGAAGCAUUCAACCAAGGGCUUAGGCAAAACUGUGCCGCAGGAGUCGGAGUUUGUGAAAUGGAGAGACGAUGUUGUUGUCCCUUGCGGCAAGCCAGUGCCAGCAUCAAUCAGGAACUCUGAACUUCUAUACAAUGAGUAUAUUGUCUACAAUACAUCGCAGGUGAAGAUGCAGUUCUUGUUGAAGGUGAGGUUCCAUCACAAGAGGUGACUGGAAGACUAAAGGAGUAGAGUUAGUUGAAGCGUCUCUUUUGGUAGUAGUCGUCUUCCAUGUGUAUAUGCAGUCCUAUCAUCCUGUAGUUUAGGUAGGUUAUGGGGCGCUCGCCAUUGAUCCAUUUUGGGAAUGUUGCCUGGGCAUCGGUGCGAGUAGCACGAACAAUCCUUCCGGGCGUUAGUCUUCGGUAGAUGACUGAUAGUUGCUUAACUCUUGGGGUAAUGUGACACUGUUGCGACGCCACCUGCUUUAUCUUCGCUCGUGUCGAUCGUGUUCUGUUGCAUGAGUGCCAAGCGUAUAGGGUAUAAAGCAGGGCAAUGGAAGCUAUCCCGAUCUGUAUGUUCGUCAUA